AUGACUUCCCGUACCUAUGCCGAUGCUAUUGAAGCUCUGAACAGUCUUCAGACCAACUUCUCUAUAAUUGAUGCCAUUCGGAAAUCAGGCGGCAAGUCCAACAAAGAUGCGAUUCCACAAAUGCUGGAAUGGGCCAGGCGCUCUGGAUAUCCCGAUCCCAAAGCUUUUGACAAACUGAACAUUAUCCAUGUCACUGGUACCAAAGGAAAAGGAUCCACUUGUGCAUUUGUACAGUCAAUUCUCAAUCAAUACAGAGUUGAGAGCCCUAGUAUUGGCGAACAUGGAAUCUCCAAGAUUGGCUUAUACACAUCACCUCAUCUGAAGUCUGUUCGCGAGAGAAUCAGAAUUAACGGCGAGCCGAUUGCUGAAGAGAAGUUUGUCAAGUACUUUUUCGAGCUUUGGGAUCAAUUAGAAUCGACUUCAUCGAAUGAGGCCGACUUCCCAGACAUGAUCGCAGGUGUUAAGCCAGUUUACUUUAGGUACUUAACGCUUCUGUCAUUCCACAUUUUUUUGCACGAGGGAGUAGAUACAGCUAUCUAUGAAGUUGGUAUUGGUGGUGAAUACGAUUCUACAAAUAUUAUUGUUAGUCCUACAGCAACAGGUGUUUCGUCCCUCGGGCUCGACCAUACCAACAUUCUAGGCAAUACUAUUGAGGAGAUUGCAUGGAACAAAUCUGGUAUAUUCAAAAAGGGAACUCCUGCUCUCACAAUUCCUCAACCAGAAGGAGGAGAUGCCAUGAAGGUUCUCAAAGAAAGAGCUUUAGAGAAAGCAGGAAGGGAAUUGACUGUUGUUCCUGUUCACCCUCUUAUAGCCAAUGGAACCGCCAAACUUGGCUUAGCUGGUGAAUUCCAGAAAACAAAUGCAUCGCUUGCUGUAGGCCUCGUAACUGAGCACUUGCGUAAGCUUAAUAUCGAUUCGGAUAACCUUGCUACGGCUAAUUCACUGCCUCCAAAGUUCCUUGCCGGAUUAGAAGCUGCCUCUUGGCCUGGCAGAUGUCAGACUCUCAAACAGGGCACUAUUACUUAUAGUAUUGACGGAGCCCACACCCAGGAAAGUAUCACAGAGGCUGGAAAAUGGUAUGUAUCCCGCGUCAAGGAUGAGAACCAGUCUAAUCCUCCUGCACACCGCGUUCUCCUUUUCAACCAACAGAACCGCGAUGCCAAUGCUCUAGUUACCACAUUGCAUACAGUACUCUCAAAAGACAAUGUCAAGUUCGAUCACGUAAUAUUCACCACUAAUGUAACACGAAAGACUGGUUACUCUGCCGACUUAACCUCCCUCAACACUUCGAAGGAGGCUGUUGACGAACUUGUCGUCCAGAAUGCCCUUUCAAGUGCCUGGGAGAAGAUAGAUACCACUGCCCAACGACACGUCUUCAGUAACAUCGAAGAGUCGGUUAAUUUCAUCAAAAGCCUUGGUGGUGAGACUAGUGUUCUUGUCACCGGUAGUCUUAUCCUUGUGGGUGGCUUUCUAGCUGUUGUAGAAGACAAUUAA